AUGGCGACUGCAAAAACUGUGAAAGAUGUGUCCCCACACGAGUUCGUUAAGGCCUACGCCGCUCAUCUGAAGCGAUCUGGCAAGAUUGAGCUUCCUCCUUGGACUGAUAUUGUCAAGACUGGAACAUUCAAGGAGCUGGCUCCUUAUGAUCCUGACUGGUACUAUGUCAGAGCUGCCUCCAUUGCAAGGAAGAUCUACUUGAGGGGAGGUCUUGGUGUUGGUGCCUUCCGUAGGAUUUAUGGUGGAAGCAAGAGGAAUGGAAGCCGUCCACCACAUUUCUGCGAGAGCAGUGGUGCUAUUGCCCGACAUAUACUACAACAGUUGCAGAAAAUGAACAUCGUCGACCUUGACCCAAAGGGUGGGAGGAGAAUCACAUCAAGCGGUCAACGGGAUCUUGACCAAGUUGCUGGGCGGAUUGUGGUCACCCCAUGA